AGCUACGGUUAUCAACCCAGCUUAGGAUGGGGCAUUGCAUUCACCCUCCUGUUCACGGCGAUAGCGGUCGGGCAGACAGUCCAUUUGGUGCGCACUCGAGCCUUCUGGACCGUCGUGUUCAUCGUCGGUGCUAUAAUCGAAAUCAUCGGCUGGGUCGGACGGACGAUCAGCCAUCGGUGUCCAUACUCCGGGGUAUGUUUUCGCAUGCAGACGGCGACUUUAAUCAUGGGCCCCUCCUGGACCCAAGCCGGAAUCUACAUCACCCUGUGGGUUCUCAUCCGCGACAUCGGCCGCCACGUCUCCCCCUUCCCGCCAAAAACCUACCUCUUCAUCUGCCUAAUCAUCGACGUCGUCUGCCUCACCACCCAAGCCGUCGGCGGCGGCCUCACCAGCUCAGCCUACAGCCAGGGCAUCUCCACACAGCCCGGCACAACCACCAUGGUGGUAGGAAUCAUCGCACAGCUCGCCGCCGCAGUGAUAUUCUCCUUCCUCCUGGCCAUCGUGAUCUACCGCGGGGCGUCGGAUCUGCGGGCUAAUCGCCCGUUAUUCUACGUGGCGGCGGCGACGGUCUUCGCGACGGCAAUGAUGAUCAUGCGUAAUGUUUAUCGAUCGAUUGAGUUGACGGAAGGGUGGCGGGGAUAUCUCAUUUUGAAUGAGAGGUUUGUGUUGGCGUUGGAUGCGUUGCCGAUGGUUCUGUCGAUGGGGAUUUAUGUGUUUUUUAACCCGGGG